CCGGAAAUAAGUUUCUAAGCUUGUUAAAGACCCACAGAAACGGAUCGAUUCAAGCCAACCCGGAACUUUUUGAUUGAGCAAACCCUCCUGAAAACUCGGCAGAAGGGUUUUCUCCUGGUUUUCCUUACAUAUCGGACUGUUGGGGGACUUUCUGGACGGACUUUGUUUCUGCUGGAGGAAAACGAGGCGGCUGCAGAUGUUUCUCGCUCCGACUGCGGCGGUUCCUGCAGGACUGUAGCCCGACUUGUCUUUUCAUACCAGCAAGAGAGAGGUGGAGGUUAGAGGGGCCAGCAUGCCACAGCAGAAGGACAUAGUGAAGAUAGCCAUCCAGAUGCCGGGGGCCUACCCCCAGCUCAUACAGCUGGACCAGAAAAAGCCUCUGUCUGCAGUCAUAAAGGAGGUGUGUGACGGCUGGAAUCUCCCCGGUCCCGAGAACUACGCCCUGCAGUAUGCUGACGGAGUUCAGAUGUACAUCACUGAAUCGAACCGUCUGGACAUUAAGAACGGCUGCAUUCUGCGUCUGACCAAGGCACCGGGUCGCUGUGCGUUGGACUUGUACAAAGGGAUCCAAAGCUCGGAUGCAGGCGUGCGCUGUGACUCGCUGAAGGAACUAGCGGGCGUUUCCACAGAUGUGACCUUUGCUCAGGAGUUCAUCAGCCAAGACGGACACCUCCUAUUGGUCAAAAUAGUAGAAGAUUCCAACGAGAGUAAUGUGAUAAUGACUCACGCUCUGACUGGUUUCAUGGAGCUGAUGGAUCAUGGGAUAGUUUCAUGGGAGAACCUCUCCACUGUCUUCAUCAAGAAGAUCGCCAGCUUCGUCAAUGCCAAAGCAACCGAUGCGUCCAUUCAGCAGGUGUCCCUGGACAUCCUGGAGAGCAUGGUACUGAGCAGCCACAGCCUUUUUCUGCAGGUCAAACAGGAAGUCACCAUGGAGAGGCUCAUCGCUCACCUACAGGUGACGAAUCAGCAGAUACAGACCAAAGCCAUGGCCCUGCUUAUGGCCUUACUACAGACAGCAGGAGACUCCGACAGAGAGGAAAUGUUUGCAUUUCUGAAUAAGAAGAAUCUCCGUCAAUACAUUUAUAAGAACAUCAUCCACAGUUCUGGUUCGGUCCAAGAUGAGAUGGCCCACUACCUCUACGUCCUACAGUCGGUUACCUUGAAUCACCUGGAGCCCCGCAUGAAGACGCCUCUGGACUUUUACAGCCAAGAACAGAGAGACAUGCUUCAUGAUUUACGGCAGGCGGCAUUCGAGACGGACACUGAGAACAGCCUGAGUCACGACAGACGGCGCUCGCUCUGUGCCAAAGAGUACAAGAAACUUGGAUUUUCUAACAACAGUAACCCCGGUCAGGACCUGGUGCGAACACCCCCUGGUCUCUUAGCUUUGGACACAAUGCAUUACUUUGCCACGCGCUACCCUGAUGCCUACAGCAGGUUCGUCCUGGAGAACAGCAGCAGAGAGGACAAGCACGAGUGUCCGUUCGCCAGGAGCAGCAUCCAGCUCACGCUCAUCCUGUGUGAAAUCCUUCGUAUUGGAGAGCCGCCCUCAGAGACGGGAUCCAACUACCACCCCAUCUUCUUCAGCCAGUAUCGGCUGGUGGAGGAGCUUUUCUGUGUUUGCAUUCAGCUGCUCAACAAGACCUGGAAGGAGAUGAGAGCCACACAGGAGGACUUUGACAAGGUGAUGCAGGUGGUGAGGGAGCAGAUCACCAGGACGUUGUCCAGUAAGCCGACCUCCCUGGAGCUCUUCAAGAAUAAAGUUAACGCUCUCAACUACAGCGAAAUCCUCAAGCUGCGGCAGACCGAACGUCUGCACCAAGAAGAGACGCUGGCUCCACCUGUACUUGAACUGAAGGACCGCCUGAAGCCGGAGCUGCUGGAGCUGAUCCGCCAGCAGAGACUCAACAGACUCUGUCAGGGAACCAUGUUCAGGAAGAUUAGCAGCCGGCGUAGACAGGAUAAACUCUGGUACUGUCGUUUGUCCCCUAAUCACAAAAUGCUUCACUACGGCGACGUGGAGGAAGAUGUAGACAAUCCACCGAUAGAAACACUGCAGGAGAAAAUUCCAGUCGCAGACAUCAAGGGCUUGCUGACGGGGAAAGAUUGCCCUCACAUGAAGGAGAACAAGGGCAAACAGAACAAGGAGGUUCUGGAUCUGGCAUUUAGCAUCACAUAUGAUGUGGAAGAGUACAGCCUGAACUUCAUCGCCCCUUCUAGGACCGAUUUCUGCCUGUGGACAGAUGGACUGAGCGUCCUCCUGGGCCGGGAGAUGAGCAGCGAAUCCAUGCGCAGUGAGCUGGAGAUCCUCCUGUCUAUGGAGAUUAAGCUCCGCCUCCUGGAUCUGGAGAACGUCCCCAUCCCGGAUAGCGCCCCGGUCGUCCCCAAACCUCCGAGCAACUUCAACUUCUGCUAUGACUUCAGCCAGACUGAGCAGUAGUGGUGUGCAGUGUGAAUGUGUACAUAGGUGUGUGUGUGUGGGGUAAGAUCUGACCUGUGCUUCUAUGCACUUAUUUUCUGUAACACAGAUUUUAUAACUCUGACUUUAGAAUUUCUUUGGUGGUCUGCAGGAGAAAACAUGAAACUACACGUGGAGCUGCAGGUGGAAUAAUGGCUGCAGAUUAUUUCAGGUUCCUGCGCUGGUUUAACAAAAACAGGUACCCCAAAAUUAUUUAGAGUAUACAACCACUUUAUAAACGGUACUUUUAAUUAGUUUUAUAGUCGUUUUAUAUUUUUAAAUGUAUCUAAAAUGAGGAGUAUUCCCGUGUGAGUCGGAAGAUGUUUGCCCAGCUCUGCUGUUGCUUUGCCUUCAUAAAGGGCUUUAACUAGAACACAUCGCAGGAUGCUACAUGUAGUUCAGAUACAACAUAUGGAAAUAAAUGCAUUUGUCAGUGUGUUAAUAGCCUAACAUCUCUAAUGGGGAUAUUUUGGCUGGACCCCAGCAGCUCGGUGACUGUGGUUCAGUUUGACUGAAUUUGGUACAAAUCUGUUUUUUUUUUUUCCUGGUUUCAAUAAUUAACUGUUAGAAAAUGUGAUGCUUUGAGUAAACAUGGUAUUCCUUUCUAUCUGUGUUGUUUCAGAUGAAAUCCUGGUUAAAAGGAUGCUUUUAUGUGUGGUACUUGCAUGUGAUGCAGGUGAUCAGCCAUGAACUGACAUCAGGCUUCUGAAUAUUAAAUUACUCGUUUUUC